UCUGCGCUGUCCCUCUAGUAGCCGCGAAGUCUUGUGACUGCUGGAGGCACUCUCACCGUAGCAGGCGGCGUGUUGACUGAUCUCACCAACAGGGGCUUCUGUGUAAGCUGAGGCUAAGCAAACACAGAUGGAUCUCCGCGCACAUUCACAAAAAUGCUGGCAAUGCGGCACGGAUUUCAGAUGACAGUCUGAGCACAUGCGAGCCACACACAAGCCUUCGCGCCCUGCUUGUUUCUCAGGCAAUAGAACUUCUCAGUGCAGGCUCGGAUACCUGGCUUGAGAGGAGCUGCAAUUCGGGAGGCAGGAAUCAGACGCGACCUUCCCGAUUCACAACAAGCGCGCAUCACUAAAACAUGAGGAAUCCGCAAACUGCCCUGGAGGGAGGCUGGAAAAACUUUUGCGAGACCGAGAUCAGCAGCAUAAAGAGACUGAAAAGGAAAAGCAAAGAUGCGCUGCGGCCACCCAACAGCGUCAAGACUUUCAAGGAGGACGCCGACUUCCAGGAGCGCUUAUUGAGCGUCGUGACAGAGAGGACCGCUCGGACUUUGAAUGACGAUGGGACGUUGGACAGAACCGCUGCUGCCGAUUCCACAAUGGACAUCAGGAGACGCACGCUUCACGUGAGGAGCGCUACGUUGCAGUCAGUGUCCACAUCGCUAACGUCUCCGUCAGCCCCAGCUGACAAGCCAGGCAGAUCGGCGCAAGUCGUGUGUUUUGGGGAGCAACAACAGUCUGUUAUAUCGGAGUCGAACUUGCGUUCCCGCAUUGGACUCUGCUCACGCCCGCCAGAAGAUGCGUUCAUGUCUCCUCCGCAGGCAUCCUACAUCAGCAGCGGCAGCAGCAGCUUAGGGGACUCCGCCGCAUCGCCGCGGAAAAGACUCGGGGAAAAUGUGGGCGAGAUCAAAGCAGUCCAGCAGACUAGAAGGCUGCUAGCUAACGCUCGUGAGAGGACCAGGGUGCACACCAUCAGUGCGGCUUUCGAGGCGCUAAGGAAACAGGUACCUUGUUAUUCAUAUGGGCAGAAACUGUCUAAACUGGCCAUCCUGAGGAUAGCAUGUAACUACAUUUUGUCCUUGGCUCAACUUGCUGACCUGGAUUACACAUCUGACCACAGCAAUUUAAGCUUUUCUGAAUGUGUGGAUCAGUGCACUAGAACUCUCCAAGCUGAAGGCAGGUCAAAGAAAAGAAAGGAAUAGCAAGAAAGAAGACAGUGGCGUUAUGGGACUUCAGUUUAUCAGGCUUGGCAAGGACUUGUUGGAAAUGUUCACAGGCCAUCACUAUGCACACAGCGUCUUGUCAUUCAAAGGACUGUUUAUGAUAAAGAGGCUUACUCAUUCAAAAAUGAGUUUUCUUUUUUAUUUUUGGUUUGUUUAUAUUGACAGUAAUUUGUGCAAUUUUUGUGGCACUUUUUUUCUGGGAUUAGAUAGAAAUUAGUUUAAUUUUCUUUAAGGAAAAGACCUGGUCAUCUGUUAAAUAUUUUAAAAUACAGAUUUUUUUUCUGUAUAGAAUUUUCAGUGAAGAGUAAAAACUAUUAGUUUACAUCACAUGAAAGUGUUUUAUUGUGUAUAAUCCUAAUUAUUAUUAUCAUUGACAAGGUAAAUAUAUAUAUAUAUUUAGACACAAUUUG